AUGGCAACAGCUAUGUUGUUACCUCAGCCUAAGGUGCCAAAGUUUAAAGGUGACCCUACAGAAUAUGGUGCAUUUAUCAUGUCUUUUGAUGCCCGUAUUGUUCCUCACACUAGCAGCUCUAAAGAUCGACUCUACUACCUAGAACAGCAGCUUGAGGGAGAACCAAAGGACUUGAUCGCUGGAUGUCUCUACAUGGAUCAAGAGGAAGGCUACACUAAGGCCAGGGACCUGUUGAGUAGUGAGUAUGGCGACCCAUACAAAGUUUCAACUGUCUAUGUUAAUCAAGUUCUAUCAUGGCCUCAGAUCAAGCAUGAUGAUUGUCAUGGACUUAAACAAUUCUCUCACUUCCUCAUCAAGUGUUUUCAUGCAAUGAAGACUAUGUCACACAUGACUGUUCUUAAUCAUUCUGUUAACUUGCAAGCUGUUGCGUUGAAGUUGCCAGUGCAUCUACAGAAUAAAUGGCGUGAUCAUGUGACCAGAGAACAACUUCAUAGCAACAGGACUGUUGACUUUGAAGAUCUUGUGCAUUUCAUUGAGUUUGCUUCUAGAUCUGCUAAUGAGCCUGUGUUUGGAAAGGAAGCUAUAUCCAAGAGUCAAGUUCACUGGGGAUCCAAACAAGGCAAGAGUUUAAAGAAAGAUGGAGCCAAGUCAAGUAGUUUCGUGACUGGUGUAGACAGUUCGAACCACAAGCAGGAUAAAUACCGAAGUGUUUCGUGCUACUUCUGCAGAGUACCUCAUGACAUUGAAUCCUGCAAACAGUUUGGUCAGAAAUCUCUCAGUGAACGGAGGACAUAUCUUCAAGAGAAGAAAAUGUGCUUUGGAUGUUUUGGUUUUAAUCACAUGGUAAAGGGCUGUAUGAAGAAACGAAGCUGUAAGAAGUGUGGAAAGUGUCAUCCAACAAUACUGCAUGAUGAGAACUUCCGUUCUGCAAGUAAGAACGUAGAUCAGAAGUCUUCUGAAGCUUGUGAUUCUCUUGUAUCUCCAGAUCAAGAGAAGUCUGUGUCAUCUUCAUGCAACAACAUUGAUCCUGUUAUUUCAGAUACUGUGCUCCAAGCUAUUCUUCCAGUUCUGAUUCAACAAAAAGGAAGUGACAAGCUGGUGAAGAUCUAUGCACUACUGGACAACGGGAGUACUGGCUGCUUUAUAACGGAGGAUCUUAGACAGCGACUUGAGACUACAUCUACAGAAUCUUCACUGAAACUUCGGACUAUGCACAGACUUCAUGUUGUGAGUACGCAUGUUGUGGAAGGUCUUGUUGUGUCAGAUCUCAGUGGUGAUAAUUCAGUGAUGCUUCCAAGAACUUUCACUCGAGAUACAGGAGAUACCUGA